GAGCAAUUGCAGUUGUAUAUCAAAAAUUAGAGGCCACACAUGGUGAAAACAUUUCAGUUAGUUGUAGUUGUUCUCUUGACACUGACAAAUCAACUCAAAACAUCCGAUGAUUAUAUAGAAGGCGACUUCAGAAUGGCUCGAACGAUGACCCGAAUGCAGAAAUAUGAAUAUUGUAUUAAAAUAAUAAUGGUUUGUUUCGCUGUAAUUGAUUCUCCGCCUGAUUAUGAAGAUGAGACAAACGCGUCUCCGACAAGAGUCAGUAACGCAAUGUAUGAGGAAUUUAAGAAAACCAGAUGCAUUCCAAAGAAUCUCAACUAUGCACAGAAUAAAACGUUCUGGGCAAACGUGCGUCGUUGGCAAAGCGAAGUUGAUGAACAGCUCCUAUCUACAAACAUUUUUACAAUUAAAGAGGAAUUCGAUAACGGCAGGGCAAUUAAAAUAAACCUAUGGAAUAUUUUCAAAAUUCGCAAAGUGGUCAUCUGCAAUAGAACAAAAAUCCUCGAUGAGCAAACCACCACGAGAGCUCCAUCCACAAUCGAGACAAGCACGGCCCUUACGACUACGGAAAAACCAGGUGACCAGAAGAAGAGCUGUGAUGAGCAGCAGGAAAUCGGCAUUUGGAUAAACGAACAGAUGCAAAUGGAAGACCGGCUGGCUAAUUUGAUCAAAAUGCUACCAAAUAUUUUAUCAAAACUGGAUUUGCACAUCAACCGCAACUGUUGCCCCUAUGCCAUACUUCGAGACCGACUUGAAGUUAUCAAUGAUAACGUGGACGCCAUAAUGGAGCUGAAGGCCUUGGGGGUAUAUGCACGUGCAAAAUCAACUGGUUAUGCCCUGUUGGACGUUCGCAAUUUGAUUAUAAGACUGGAAUACUUGAAUCAAAAAACCGUCAAAGGUAACCAUUCUGGCGGCAACUGCUGCAUCAAUUGGGAGCAAGAAGUAAAAGGCUUCCAGUCUAGAUUUCAAUUAAAAAAAGAUUCCAUUCAAAGCUACGCACCAAACAGUUCCAUUUACAAUCCACUGACUGAGUCUCAAAAUAGCUUGGCCCAAACAAUUAACCGCCAAGAACACAGCCUGCUCAAAACGGAAGCGAUGUAUGAAAAAGGUCCGGCCAGCAGGACUUUAAAGGCGCAAUGCUGUAUUAAUAACAAUAAUAAUAAUAAAAAUACUUCUAAUAUCAGUUUGCCGAUAAUGGGCGAUAUACAAUUAUAUGAUUUCAGGAAUCAUUCAAGUAAGGAGCUACAACAAAGUAAUGAAAACUUAUCUGAAACUAUUCAAAACACACAAAUGCUUAUCAACGACGAGCAAACAAAAGCUGAUAGCUUGAUUUCAUUGUGUACUGAAAUGCGGAUUGAAAAGCAGAAAGCUGAUAAUCAAAGUUCACUAAUUAACUCCAAGUUGAGCCAAUUGGAUCGGGAUGUCCAGCAAAAUGCAAAGAACUUGAAUGCCAAGGCUCCAGAAAUUCAGAAUUCUUAUGAAAUUGUCGACAGCGGGAAUAAAACUUUGGAUAUCAUAAGGAGCAAGCUAAAUAAAGCGUUAAGCAAGCAGAUGAUGGCAAACAAACGACGUGCUGAAGAAUUUGAAAAUUUCAUUAAUUCGAUGAAAGCAUUUGAUUUGAGCAAAGAACAUUUGUUUAGUGAUUGCUUAGUUAUAGUAGGUAAAUUGAAGGUCGUGCAAAAACUUAACUUAGACAUCGAUUCAAAAAAAGAUACCUUCAAAUUCGAUACCCAAAGGGCAGACGCCACUCUUAAAGAACUUUAUGAUAAACUUGGCGAUUUCGCUAAAAGACUUUCAAUGCAUGUUGCAAAUAUUGGCUCAGAGUCUAAGACACCAAAGGAAAAUGAGCAAUAUAAGCUUCUAAGUUCAAUAGGCAAGCAAAUUCAAGAUUUAACGCCCAUUGCAAGAAAGCACAGCAAAACAGAAGACGACCAAUCCCAGAAUAUAAUCACAGCUACAGAUAAACUGAAAGCUAAGUUGGACGGUCAGCCGGAGCAGGUUGAACUAGCCGAUUCUUUAGAUGCGAAAAUUAAAAAAUAUGUUGAGAGAGGUAUAAACGAGCUCGAGCUUAAGUUAAAUGCAUCCAAUUUCAGUCCAAAUGGGAACCCAGCUCAUAGUCCCGACAUAUUUAAGAAAUUAGACGAACUGGAAGCAGGCUUCAACGACUUGCGGGAGCAAAGAAACGGCAAGGAACAAGACAUGUUGAACACAAUCGCCGAUUUGAAAAGUCGUCUGAAAGAGGUCAAUGACAAAAUAUUUAAUGCUGAAGCGGCGCAUAAAAAAUGCCUAGUGGAAUGUGAUUUUGGAGAAUUACCCUCCAUUGAAGAAUUACAGGCUAGAUUGCACACAUUGAAAAUAUACUUAAGAAAGCGUAAACAAGCAAAUAAAAGAAGUCCUUAAUAACUAUAAUUGCAUAUCCGAUCUAAUAAAGCAAAUAAAAAUGUAUUAAGCCUUUAGCCGGG